CCUGGCGCACCGGCCCCGGCCGCAGCCCAGCGUCGCCCCGCGCCGCGCUCGCUCCUCCCUCCUCCCGCUGCGUGCUCCCGCGCGCCCCGGCCGAGCCGCCGGCACCGACGGCCCGCGCCCCCCGAGCGGGCUAUGGUGAUUGCCCCGCCGGGGCCGGCCCGCGGGAGCAGCAGAGCCCGGCCCGCGGCCCCGGCGGCCAGCGGGGACUAUGACCGGCCCACCGCGGCGCUGCCUGGGCCACCUCUUCCUCAGCCUGGGCAUAGCCUACCUCCGGAUCGGUGGCCUCUCCGUGGUGGCUCUGGGCGCGAGCAUCAUCUGUAACAAGAUCCCGGGCCUGGCUCCCAGACAGCGGGCGAUCUGCCAGAGCCGGCCGGACGCCAUCAUUGUCAUAGGAGAAGGCUCGCAGAUGGGCCUUGACGAGUGUCAGUUCCAGUUCCGCAAUGGCCGCUGGAACUGCUCGGCGCUGGGGGAGCGCACCGUCUUCGGGAAGGAGCUCAAAGUGGGGAGCCGGGAGGCCGCCUUCACGUACGCCAUCAUUGCGGCCGGCGUGGCCCACGCCAUCACCGCAGCCUGCACGCAGGGGAACCUGAGCGACUGCGGCUGCGACAAGGAGAAGCAGGGCCAGUACCAGCGGGACGAGGGCUGGAAGUGGGGCGGCUGCUCCGCCGACAUCCGCUACGGCAUCCGCUUCGCCAGGGUCUUUGUGGACGCCCGGGAGAUCAAGCAGAACGCGCGGACGCUCAUGAACCUGCACAACAACGAAGCCGGCCGCAAGAUCCUGGAGGAGAACAUGAAGCUGGAGUGCAAGUGCCACGGCGUGUCGGGCUCCUGCACCACCAAGACGUGCUGGACCACGCUGCCGCAGUUCCGGGAGCUGGGCUACGUGCUCAAGGACAAGUACAACGAGGCGGUGCACGUGGAGCCGGUGCGCGCCAGCCGCAACAAGCGGCCCGCCUUCCUGAAGAUCAAGAAGCCCCUGUCCUACCGCAAGCCCAUGGACACGGAACUGGUGUACAUCGAGAAGUCGCCCAACUACUGCGAGGAGGACCCGGUGACGGGCAGCGUGGGCACACAGGGCCGUGCGUGCAACAAGACGGCGCCCCAGGCCAGCGGCUGCGACCUCAUGUGCUGUGGCCGCGGCUACAACACCCACCAGUACGCCCGCGUGUGGCAGUGCAACUGCAAAUUCCACUGGUGCUGCUACGUCAAGUGUAACACGUGCAGCGAGCACACCGAGGUGUACACGUGCAAGUGAGUGGGCCACGGUGCACGUGUGCAGCACUGGGUGUACCCGUGCCAGAGAGUGCACUGGGGUGCACACGUGCGGCUCUGGGGCGCAGACGGGCCCGUGAGCCCGUAGCCCUGCCGGCUGCACGCCAGACCUCGGGCGGACAGCACCGGUUCACCUCCCAGAUCUUCCCCGCCGACACCGUAGCUGAGGGGGGCGCUCUCCUGGGGUUCCCGCAGACCCCUUCCUGCUGAGGGGACCAGCUCCCCAGCGCCCUAGACUCCACCCAUUGCUGCUCUUCUGGACCCCCGGACACCGCUGGGGGGGAACUCCCUGGGCUGGCGCCUAGCCCUUCUCCGCAGAAACUCUGGACUUCGGGCCUCAUCAUAGCAAUAUUUAACGAUUUAUUCUGAUUAAAAAUAAUAUUAAUUUAUUUAAUUAAAAAGAAUCCUCCCAUCUC